AUGCGGUUCUCCACAGCUGCGCUCUGCGCGACUGCGCUCCUUGCUGGUAAUGUUCUAGCCGAAGAUGCUCAAGAGCCUGUCGAGGUCCCCGAAGCCUCAUCCAGUGCUGUCGAGAAGCCCCUCUUCACUCCUACCUCCCUGAAGGCUCCCUUCCUAGAACAGUUCACCGAUGACUGGGACACGAGGUGGAAAGUUUCCCAUGCUAAGAAGGAGGACUCGAAGAGCGAUGAGGACUGGGCCUAUGUCGGCGAGUGGUCAGUCGAGGAGCCUACUGUGUUUCCCGGCAUCGUUGGCGAUAAGGGUCUAGUGCUGAAGAACCCCGCCGCCCACCAUGCCAUCUCGGCCAAGUUCCCAUCGAAGAUCGACAACAAGGGCAAGACUCUCGUUGUCCAAUACGAGGUCAAGCUUCAGAAAGGCCUUGAGUGCGGCGGUGCUUAUAUGAAGCUGCUCCGUGACAACAAGAAACUUCACCAGGAGGAGUUCGCCAACACCUCUCCCUAUGUGAUCAUGUUUGGUCCCGACAAGUGCGGAGCCACCAACAAGGUUCACUUUAUUCUGAACCACAAGAACCCCAAGACCGGUGAAUACGAGGAGAAGCACUUCAAGAGUGCGCCUUCGGCCAAGAUCUCCAAGCUGUCUACUCUCUACACUCUCAUCGUUCGCCCGGAUAACACCUUUGAGAUGCUCAUUGAUGAUAAGUCGUCCAAGAACGGCUCGCUCCUCGAAGACUUCACCCCCGCCAUCAACCCUCCCGCCGAGAUCAGCGAUCCGAAGGAUACCAAGCCUGAGGAUUGGGUUGAUGAGGCUCGUAUCCCUGACCCCGAAGCCACCAAGCCCGAGGACUGGGAUGAGGAUGCUCCUUUUGAGAUCGUUGAUGAGGAGGCCGAGAAGCCUGCCGACUGGCUGGAUGACGAGCCAAACACUAUUCCUGACCCUGAAGCCGAGAAGCCUGAGGACUGGGAUGAUGAGGAAGAUGGCGACUGGAUUCCUCCUCAGGUCCAAAACCCCAAGUGCGAAGAAGCUUCUGGUUGUGGUCCUUGGGAACCCCCCAUGAAGAAGAACCCUGCCUACAAGGGCAAGUGGACCGCGCCGUACAUCGACAACCCAGCCUAUACCGGUCCGUGGUCUGCGCGUAUGAUUCCCAACCCCGAUUUCUUCGAGGACAAUACUCCUGCGAACCUCGAACCCAUGGGAGCUAUCGGUUUCGAGAUCUGGACCAUGCAGUCGGACAUUCUUUUCGACAACAUCUACAUUGGCCACUCUGAGGAGGAUGCCAAGGCCCUCCGCGAGCAGACUUGGGCCAUCAAGCGCCCGAUUGAGGAAGAGGAGGAGUCGAAGACCAAGCCUAAGCCCUCAGACAUUCCCAAGACUCCCAGUGGUCUGACCUUCCAGGAGGACCCUGUCACUUAUGUCAAGGAGAAGUUUGAUCUCUUCGUCACGCUCGCCCAGAAAGAUCCUAUUGAGGCUGUCAAGCUCAUGCCCGAAGUCGCCGGCGUUCUUGGUGGUGCUGUUGUUCUCGUCAUUGCCUCUCUCGCUGCACUUGUUGGUCUCGGUGGCUCGGCCGCCCCGUCCAAGGAGGACAUCAAGCGAACUGCCCAAAAGGCCAAGGAGGGUGCCGUUGACGCCAAGGACAAGGCGGCCGAGGCCGUCGCCACUGGUGCUGACAAGGCUAAGGACGAGGUCCAGAAGCGGACCACACGCAGUAGCAAGGAGUAG